AUGAAUUUGGAACGUGAACUCCAUCCUUACCAUCUUCUUGGUGUCGCCUUCACUCAGUACUUCUGGGAAACGUACUACGUGAUCGACGGCAGCACUGUCGCCUUAGAAUGGUUGGAUACCACUUUUGAAGAGUUGAAAUACCAGCCCAGUGAUAUAAGCACCCAUUCACUUAUUGUUGCUGUUCUAAUAGUAGCGCUGACUAGCUGUGUCGUUUUGGAGGACUCUGAAUAUGUGAAUACAGGUAAAGUACCUAUGCUUAACAUUGGAACCUCGAAAGAGUGA